AUGUCCAAGGUCAAAGACAAACCGCACGAUGCCGAUGAUUCGGAUGAUGCGUCGACAAGGUCUAUACUGCAAGGACCCAAUAUCAACGGGCCAUCUUCCGGAAACAACUUGAAUUCGGCUACUUUCAUUGGGCCUUUAGUUGCAGAUACUCCCAUUCCAACACUCGAUUUGCAACCGGGACGACAAGUGGCAGACACCUACAUAGCUGGGCAUUCGUCCUCCUCUGUUCCUUGCUCGUUAGAAACAGCCUCUUCAUCACAGAACAAGCCUGACGGUGACAAUAAGCUACCGACAAAUGAGAGAUCACGCGACACCCAUCUCCUCACUGCUUCACCAUCCUGGAACGAGAAUGCAGCUUCCAUUAGCCAGAUAUCAACUGUGCUUUUACCUUCCCACUCACUUGCAAUAAGAGCGAUGGUUGACGAUCGUGCUUGUUUUCAGCCUGAAUUGUCAUUGUCUCCUGAAAAAGCUGGGUUUGAAACCAGGAGUCAUGCGGCAGGUCGACUGGGGGUAGCGACCGAAGUCUUGGCCGAUCCAAACAGAACUACGUCUCAUGCACCCCAAGACAUGAGCCUGGUUCAAUCUGCGGUUCAAGAACUAGCUGCCCUUCAUGCUACAAGUAACCUCAAGCAUGACAUGGUCGCCAGUACUGCCGCCAGCUUGCGUAAGGAUGGCACAAGUCAACCCCGCAAGAUGCGAAAGGAGACGUAUUCUGCAGAUAAACGACCAGGCCUUCACAUGGUAUCUGCAUCUAGGGUGAUGAAAGCUUAUCGGCGUCCUGGUCAUCAGUAUGAGAUGCAGUGGCGUGUUGGGCAGGCCCCGAGAAUGGGAAUGCUACAAAAUCAAGAGCAGAUGCAUUAUGAGAAUAUACUGUCUGCCAUCGGUCGCUACUACUCGGGUAAUGCUGAGACUAGAUGGAAACCUGCUCUAUCUCAAAACUCUGUUACACUGGCUCAAGAUUUUGAACCGUUGCACUUUCUGGGAUUGACCGUAACGGUGGCAGGUCUGAUUACAGCAGGUCGCUCAGUCCAAGAGCACGAGGCACUAAAGCAGAUAGCCCCGGCAGCUAGGAGUAUGUUGGUAUCUUACCAUCCCAUGACUUUCUGGCUCCUCAUCGAUCAGGUCAUGGAUACCUCACAAACGGUACUUGGCAACCUUCGUGUUGCGAUCACCCCGAAGCUAGCAAGUCUUGCCAGUACCCUGUUGGGUCCAUCACAUCCACUCACCAUCCUUUUCAAAACCCCAUUGACCGCUAAGCAGAAAGUCCAGCUGCGGUUGCAAGCGCAGUCGGUAGUUCACGCCGAGAUGGCACGAGUAUUUGGACCCUACGCGUAUCAAACCUUUAUUCAGUAUGGAUACUAUGCACGAACGGUGAUGAACAGUGGACGUCCAGAAGAAGCUAUCAGAAUGUUAAGUGAGGUAACUGAAGUGUUGAACAGGCACUAUGGACUCAAUUCGGCCAUGCCAACGCUUGGAAUGAUUGAGCAAGCUCGACAAGAACUAGCAAACGGUUCUUCAAGUGUUAUGUUGGAGUGCAUGCUUGGUGACGUACUUCGACGGAAUCAUAUUCUGUACACUGGAAGCAGAAACACUCACAAUGAUUCUAUGGAUAUCGGAGAAGAUACACUUCGGGGCGACUAUCUAUUGGUAAUGCGACUUGUGACACUCAGACUGCUCGGGCGGCUACACGCAAGAAGAAGAAAUUUUGCAGCAGCGAUAUUCCAUUUCGAUCUUGCCGUGGCGACUGCUCGACCUCUUUUGAUACCGGGGAGUAACACCAUGAGGAUGUGUGAAGCCGACUUGACAAUGGCAAAACUACUUGAAGUUGAGCAGGCCAUGGGUAUCCUCGGAGAUGGGGAUCCUUAUGAUCGAUUUAUGAGUCCAUUUAGUAUCACGCAGUGGAUUCCGAUGGAAGACAGAGUGGUUCAUAGUCCGGCUUCUCCUCAGACAUUGGAGUCAGGAUGA